ACUCUUGAUCAAUCAUUCACUGUGGUUGGUCAAGACUGCAGGGGUAGAAGUCUCCACAUGAUCACAACAGCUGUUAAGUGAUGUUGUAUUUUAUCUAAGGGGUUAGGUACUCGCUUUUCUAUGGAGUUAUUUAUAAAUUUACCUCUGAUCUUAUGUUGGCUGUGUCUUUUUAUCUUUUAUAGCCCAAAUGUGAAUGCAUCCAGGAGGCCGUGGGCAACUGCUGAUAACAGGUGCAGUAUUUCUUGCUUCACUACCUCUUAUACUCCCUUGAUAACGCCUCACUAGCAGUUAUUUAAUGUAGCUCAUAUCCCAUGGGUAUAAGAGGAAGAACAGAAAUGAUAAAGGGCUCUUUUUGCAUGAUGCAGAGGGACCGGGACAAGGAGAACCAGAGCUGUAAACAGACCAGUUCCUAUCAACUGUAGGCUGGGACCUUGGUCUACCUGGACUCCUUGUAAUGCCUGCACAGACGAAAAGGUAGUAAUGUUCUUUUACCAUAAACAGCAUUGUUGCAUAAUUUUGAGAUGUCCCACAAAAAUCAUUUUAACAGACCUUGUUGACCGGAUUAUGCAAAAUACAAACCAGGUUUUGAACUCUCUCCAAAAAAAUGACUGCAUAGUUUUUUUGUUCAGGUGCUCAGGUCAAUGCUUAGUCGUAGAGAUGAUUUAAAGAUGAAGAUAAUAAAAGAUCUUUACUUGAAAAAUAUGAGGUUAAGGUUUGAAAUUAUGCCCAUCAGAGCCUGUGUCCACUGAAGACAUUUGUUUUUGCACAGACAGCACCCACAACUUCAAUUUCAGUGCGCUUCUUACCAGCGCUCAUUAUUGCUAGGUUUAAAAUCGCCAUGUAUAUUUCAUAAUCACUUUGAUUCAGUAUGAUUUAAAAUAAAAUUAUACUAACAAUUGGCAUAAAUUGUGCUAUACUAGCUGCAAUAUAUGAAAAAAGGGGCUACCAGUGCAAAAAAAAAGAAAAAAAAAACACCAUUAGUGGUCACAGGCCCUCAAAAGGAUUUGCCCUGGUUUCAAGGACUUUUUAAUACCACCAAGCUCUAUUGUCACUUUUUUUCCAAAACAGGUCUUUGUGCUAACAUUAUUUAAUCUUGAGACGAAAUACAAUUUGUGAUAAAUUAGCAUACUGAAGUGUCUGUAUAGACUACAGAGAUUAAAAUAUUGUCCAAAGUCAUUCUUAAUGGUUCAGUUUUAUGUUUGCCACAAGGUCUCUAUAACAGUUUACACAGGUAACCUGAGGGUAGCUGACUGUUAGCUGUGGUUUAAUCUGGGGGGCCAAAUGGGGUGACUGAAUUAGACCUCUCAGUAAAAAACUAUUUUAUGACUUCUUUUAAGUUCCGUUUCCGAUACUUGGAGAAGCCAUCACAGUUUGGCGGCACAGAGUGCCGUGACACACUCUGGGAGCGACUGGCAUGUCCAACAGCAACCACACAGUGUCUGGUGCCAGAUUACUGUGGAGAGGACUUCACCUGCAAAGAAACAGGCAAGGCCCUCAACUUUCAAUAAGACCUAUUUGAGGUAUUGUGGUUGUUGGUGUGCACAUAUAACACAUAUAACCAUGCAUGAGACCAUUUCUCUGUCCAUCCAGGACGCUGCAUAAGCCAGUCUUUGCGCUGUAAUGGAGAACCAGACUGUGAUGACUUUUCUGAUGAAGAUGAGUGUGAGGACUUCAAUCGAAGGGAUGAUAAAUGUUCCACCCUCAUGCCGAUUCCUGGUACAGAACGUGGCACUCAGGGGUAAACGCUACAUGGCAUUAUCGAUUUCACCAUUUUGUUUGUUCAUGGCAUUAUUUCUUUGCUUGGCUUGUCUCAGUUGAAUUUCAUACUAUUGAAUUUUUUUAUUUUUGCCAAGAUACAAUGCCUUGACAGGAGAAUUUGUGGAUCAUGUACUUGACCCCAAGUAUUUUGGAGGAAAGUGUGAAUAUGUCUACAAUGGGGAAUGGAGGAAAUUUGUCUAUGACUCAUUCUGUGAGAAUCUGCACUACAAUGAAGAUGAGAAGAACUACAGAAAACCUUACAACUAUCUUGCCUACCGUUUUGUGGUAAGUAAGGGCAGUGGUGUUAUUCAUUUGUUGGUGUGCCUUGAUCAAUGAGCUGUAAGACUUAAGAUAUCCUGACUUAACCUGUUACAGGCUGAAGCCACAUCAGAAGGUUCUCAUGAAUACUACGAUAAUAUGGUCAGUCUGCUGGAAGCAAGAAAAACAAUGAAAUCAUCUAAUGCUGCUGUCGGUAUUGGGAUCGAAUAUGUGGAGGGGGAACUGAGAGGGAGUCAAGAGUCUGAGUUUUUCCAUAACAUCAGUCAACAUACCAGCCAGGUAUGAUUUAAACGAUGAAAUCAAGUGUACUGAGUAAUAUUUCAUGAUAUCAACCAUCAUAAUUGCUUGUUUGAGGUGAUAAGCAGUUAAGCAAUAGAUAAACGAUACACGUCUUGUUUUCCCUUUUUUGGGGGAAAAAAACGUUUAUUUCUCUUGUAGGUUUAGUUUUUCACAGCAUCAUUUUGGUUGAAUGUGCAGACCUCCUUAGACCUCCCAAGCCCUCUUUGGGCUUUGAUUUUCACAACCCCCAGUUCAUUAUGCAUUAUCCUACAUAUUGUGCAAUCGUCUUCUAGGGGCAUAAACAAGCUGACACAAAAUAUUGAUUAGAGAGUUAUUUAAUUGGUUCAAAAAUGAUUAAUCUAUACAAAAAUAGUUUAUUUGAUUCCUAGGUCUGUGACCGAUUUCUAUCAGCCUCUACCAGAGAUGAAUUAACACCAAACUAAUCACCUCCAUUAAAAGUAGCAUUAGAUAAGGUGAGAGGGAGAUCUUUUAGAAUAUUCAUGUUGACAUUUCUGUCCUCAUUCAUCUUUGCUGUUGACACACCUUUAAACAUGCAUGAGGUGAAUGUCCCAACUUGAAAGAAAUGUUGCUAUUACCACUACUGCUUAAGAUUGAAAUUACUUUGUAGCAAUCAGCAACUUGAGAUACACAAUCUUGCUCCUUUUACACUCAUGUAGGAGACAAGCUGCUGCUCUCACACCCUUGCCCAGUGACAAGCUUUAUUUCCUACUCAGAGCAGACGGAUAGUAAAAUUUUGCUAUUAUGCUUGCUGACUGAAACUAAUGUUUUUGCUCCAGUGUCAACAGGCAGAGACAAAAUUUCCUAGACUGUUUUCUUCAGAAAUAAUUAAGUAUUAUAUCCCUGACCUGGAUAUGGCAUUGCAUUUGUUGUUGAGGAUUAACUAUGGGCUUUGGACCAAACAGAAUCAAGUAUUUUACACAGCUAAGUAAUCUGAAAGAAAACAAGGUUAAAAGUAUGCCAGAGCUGAUUUACCAUCAUAUCUAAGUGAUAUUCAAAAGAAGAGAAAAGAAAAAACAUAAUUAAAAAAAAUAAUCAGUUCACAUUUUAUGGAUCUAUUUUUUUUCCCUCUUUUUAGCCCUGAAAAAAUAAAGACUACAUCUCUAUAAACAUUUGUUUUUAUGUCCUCAGGACCUCGGAUUUAUAAGACUUUGGUCCAAAGUGCAAACGGCUCACUUCAAAAUGAGGAGUAAUAAGUUGAUGCUUCAUGAGGACCUCUACAUGUCACUUAUGGAGCUCCCUGAGCAAUACGACUUUGGGAUGUACUCCCGUUUUUUCAACACAUUUGGCACCCAUUAUGUCACAGAGGGAACGAUGGGAGGAACCCUUGAAUAUGUAGUGGUCGUCAACAAAACAUCAAUGGCGAAGUCAAGUACUGUUGGAUUUCCAGUUUGCUCAACAUUAUAUUCAAACAGAAAAACAGUAUCAAGCAGCUUGUGAUUUUUAAUGUUCUUCUUCUACCCUCACAGAAAUGGAGGGUAAACAGGCUGGUAGAUGCUUUGGUGCCGCUAUUGGUUUGAGUGUCCCCCUCAACAGCUAUUUAACAGUAGAGCCCAAAGUGGGAGGUGAUUUAUGUACAAAAAAGGGAGGGUUGACUCGAGGUGAGAUAUCUCAGUCUGACUUUUCGUGAUGUACUUAUGAUAUCAAAUCAUCCUCUCAGCUUCAUUCAUCUUGUAACUUUCUUCUCUCCAAAUGUAGGUCAAGACUCUAGUUCAGCUGUGAUUGAGGACAUUUUAACUCUGGUGAAAGGUGGGAUUUUGGAGACCAGCAGUGGUCUGUUGGUCAUCAGAAGCCCUGAAACCUAUAAGAACUGGGGAGCAUCCCUCAAAUACAACCCCACGCUUGUUGGAUAUGAGGUAAUUUACUGAAAGAAACCAUAUAUUUUGUUGAGGCACUCAACAUUGCCACCAUGACAUCACCUAUUAGUCUGUGUACUGGUAAUUUUGAAGCAUAGAGGUCAGGCAUUAAUAAUUAGUAUUCAGAUCUUGAAGUGACCUUUGUGAAGAUAGGGUACUUAACAUUGUUGCACCCCUCACUGGUUGUUAAUCACAAGGUAGCUUCACCCUGAAGCGUAUCUCUAAUUUAGUGUCUACCCAAAUAGGACCAUCAUUCACAAAAUGACCAUAAUACUGUGCUGAAGACAAAUUAAAAAUGAGACUGAGACCAUGAACUCAUUAGGAAUGAUCUUCAUAUCAGUGCUCAUACAAUCUAUUCUAUUUAGCAAUGUUAUAGUCAUUCCUCCAGCUCGUAAUUAGAAAAAGAAAUCCUCCAAGUUAAAAACCUCCUCAGCUUUGGUUACCACACCAAACCGUGGACUAUGGUCACAUUUUUUUUAAGGUCUGUGUCCACUUGCAACAUGUUUUUGCACUUUCACAGGUUUUGUUUGCUGCUUGGCUUUCUGGCAAUGCAUUUAUUUUACUAACUCCGGGUGUGUGAACACUAGAACAUGCAAAGAACGUUACGGCCAGCUGGAGAAGUUUAAAUUUGUGCAGUUUCAGUCAGACUGAUGGGUUAUCAUGAUUUUUAAAAGUCCUUUUUUGGUUGGACUAUGGCAAUAAACCUUUGUUUGUUUGUUUUUUCAACAACAUGUAAGCACACUAAUGUACUAAGCACGGGAUAGUUCCUAAAGUUAAUCUUCAACUGACAGUGCUAUGAGCCCAACAAUCCAAACAGAUUGUAGUGUGGUAUGUUUUUGCACUUAGAACACAAGUUGCUGCACUAGUUUUGAAAAGAAAUGAAGUGUCUGGUAUAAAAAUGCUGUUAGUAUAUGUGAGAAGCGUUUACUGUGCUAUUAUUCUUUAUUCUUUACUGCUUUGGUUGUCUCAUUUAAAUUUACCUUUCUCUUUUCUCUUCACUAUCUCUGUUCUCCGUCCUGUGAACCCAGACAAUGCCGAUCUAUGAGCUUGUCCGCCUUAGCACAGCUGCUGAUCAUGUAGGAGGAAGACUGGCCAACAUGGAAAGAGCCUGGGAUGAGUAUCUGCAGCAGUUUGACUCCUGUCGCUGUGCCCCCUGCAGGCACAAUGGGAUCCUUGUGUUUAAGGGUACCUCCUGUAAGUGCAUCUGCAAGCCAGGCUAUCAGGGAGACGCCUGUGAAGAGACCAUGAGAAGAGGUAAGUCCUCAGUCGAGAUUAAGAGCAGCAGAGGGACACAGUUCAAAGGAUUUACCAAAAUGAGGGGAAAGUUACAUAGCCUGUGAAAAACCCAGUUCAAAUUCAGUUUAUCACAACCACUCUUGUCAAAACGGACUGGCUAAUCUGACUUAUUCUGUGCUGUGCAGAGAUAAAAGACUUCCUGACAGCACCUGUAAAACUCGCUCAGUGAAAGCUUUUGUAAAGGGUGGAUUUUUCUGCAUGCAAACAGGAUUGUGAAAUUUUCUAUGUGAUUUAUUUUGAAUUUUUGUCCUGAAAACAGACACCAGCUUACAGUCACUGUGCUAAGCAUAAAAGAUGCUUAUUUAAGUGAGUAGGCUCUAAGCUGUGGCGUCAAAUGAACAGUCCAGAUAUGAGGGGUUACCUAUUUCUUUUUUGUCUAACAACCUAAUUACAAACACAUUGCAUUUGUAUAUAAAAUUUUGAGUCUACCUGUUCCGGGGAGUUGUUUAUUUGCCGAUUUGUCUUAUCAUUUACAUAAAUGUCCCCAUUUGACUGCCUGAAAGCAAAUGCAAUUAUUUAUUUUUCUCCUUUUCUGACUGAUGAGCUGCCUGUUAAAUUUUCAGCCCCGGGCAGAGGACGUAAUGGAGUAGUAACAGUGUGCAGACAUGAUUCUCUGUUAUUAUCGUACCAAUAAUCCAUUUUACUCAACAGAUACCAAGACAGAUGGGUCCUGGUCAUGCUGGGGGGCCUGGUCGUCUUGUGCGUCAGGAAGGAAAACUCGAAGCAGAACUUGCAACAACCCUGCACCUGAUGGAGGUGGAGCAUCCUGUCUGGGCUCCUCCUCUCAGAGCGAACAUUGUUAAGGAUGGCAGUGUACUCAACAUUUGUCACCUGUGAAUAAUAAAAAUCUUUGUUCUCUUUCAAGAUGCACUAAAUGUUAAACUUUUUUUCCGUCAAAAAACACAAUACAUGUCUUCAGACAUCUCUCUGAGUUUUUGUAGGUACCACUGUGUCUGGACAUUUUAAUUUUCAAACUGUCAAAUUUAAGACUUUUCUUUCGCAACCUUCUCUUGAUUUAAACAGGCCAAAUAAAGAUUAGUAAGCAUCGCAAAUCAACUUGUUUUUUUUAUUUUUUUUAUUUUCAUUUAUUAAUUUUGAACUUGACAAAACUCAAAGUAACAAAAUCAGUCAUAAAGGCUAGCAAAAUGAAUAAUUUUUACAAGACACUAAUUAUAAAGUCUAUAACCUAAAAUUUCUGGUUGGUGACGAUGGUGCAGCAACAAAAUAAGAUGACACACGUCAUUGGUGUGUUGUCAAGACACCAUGUAUCUGUCCUCAGGACUGUUGUUUUAAAUAUGUUCUUUUAAAGCUCCUUUGAGGGGAUUUUUAAAACACAAAGACAUUAAUUUUGAAGUCUUCUUAGAAUGAACAAAAGCAAACAAGACCCCAAACAAGACCCCAAACAAGACCGAAUAUUGUAAUGUUAUUUUCAAUACCUAACACCAGAGAGAGUGAGUAGUUUCCAGAGUCAGCAGAGAAAAAAAAAUCUGUUUGAUAACUUCUAUUGCAUGUAAAUUGCUUUUUCUUCAUUGUGAAAAUUUCAUUUUUUUUAGUCAUUUCCAAUAACUGAUUGAUUUGACCAUAAAACUACUGUGUAAACAUGCAGAGGACAUGAUAGACAAAACUGUAAAGUCUACAGGGGACGUCAAAAUUGACACACACACAAAAAGUGUUUAAUUUUCCUCUGCGUGCAAAGCCUUUGGAAAUGGGUAGUUAGUUGUUUGUUGUUGUUGUUUUAACUCUAUUAAGAUUGUUGUGAAGUUGGACAGAUCUCUCAAUUUUAGCAUUUUCAGUUUGACAAAGACUGGGUUUGUUUGUUCUUUUUAUAGGUGGUUUUACUUUUGACUAUUAAGGAUCUUUUAUGAAGGAUGAAGAUCGGGUCUGUGUUUGUUCUGUGUGUCCCACACAGGAACAAACACAUGUUUGUAUAUGAAGGAGCCGUACACAGUGUAAAAUGAUUAUUGAUUUUGAAAAUCUAGAGCUUUAAUAGAACUGACUGAAUGGGAAACUUUAUAUUUGUUACUAAUCCACAAAAUAAACAGUGCCCCAACCCUUUCACUUAA